UAUCUCCAGGGCACGCAGAUAUCUAGGCACGAGUGGAAGAAGAUAAUCAAGAAUGGAAUCACCCAUCCACCAGCCGAAGUUGGGAGAGAAAUUUCAAACGGUUUCUGUGAAGGUGUGGAAAGCGAGUCCAUGGAGGAACGCGCGUUUCGCGGCCUACACCAAGAUUCGAGCCCUUGAAUUACUGGGAUUCCCCACGACCAAUUCGAACCUAUAGCCCAAACGGUCAGCCCACUCCGCACAUGUCCUCCGAGGAUGUAAUCGUUGUGUCUACGCCGCACGGGACACAAUUUCCUGCAGAAUUCGUCACUUCCCUGGACAGGUACGAACUACUAAGCAAGCUAGGAUUGGCGCAUAGCUUCCUAAUCGACACACAGGUGGAUGCCAAAACCUACGUUGCUAUCAAAAUCCUGAUUAGGGGUACGAGCAAACCCAGCGAAGGUGCUGAAGAAUGUAAUGUAUUUACGAAGAUCAAAUCUGUCAAUCAAAGCCCUCGGGGUUUCAGUACUAUCUCUCUUCCUGGACCACUUUUUCAUCGAGAGUUCCACCGGAAUUGGAAAGCAUACAUGUGUUUCGUUACGCAUGUCUUGGGCAUGAGUUUAGAAACGUUGCGCCCUUCUGGCCGGAAAACAUUCGCAGUAUCCAUUGCGACGCGCAUCAUCAAUGUGGAUACGCUCACACAGACCUUAAAUCUGACAAUGUUCUUGUACAACUGGGAGAUGUGCCUAGCACAGUGAUUGACGACUAUCUACAAGCCAGCUGAACUGUCACUUACGUUGUCCACACGCCCGAAGAGCCGUUGUCCCAACCUGUCAUCUUCACCCAGUCCCAACUUCUUCCAAACUUCGGCCUCAGCACGUCCUUCGAACAUUUCCGUGUGCCUCAUCAAUUACAGUGAAAGUACGGAUAUCAUUUUUGUGUUGACACUCA